AUGUCAGAAUACGGAACAGAACUUUUGAAGAGACAGCUCACAGAAUUAUCCAAAAACCCAAUUGAUUUGGUAUCUGUGGGUCUUGUGGAUGACAGCAAUGUUUACGAGUGGGAAAUCAUGAUUAUGGGUCCGGAUGGAACCUUGUACGAAGGAGGCUUCUUCAAAGCUCGCUUAACCUUUCCCUCCGAUUUUCCCAAUAUGCCUCCCACCAUGACUUUCACUUCCGAAAUGUGGCAUCCUAAUGUUUACGCCGAUGGAAAGGUAUGCAUCUCCAUCCUUCACCCACCUGGUGAAGACGAAUUCAACUCGCAAGAGAGCGCGGAUGAGAGAUGGAGACCGAUUCUUGGGGUAGAACAAAUCUUGAUCUCGGUCAUUUCUAUGCUAUCGGACCCCAACGAUGAGUCUCCAGCCAAUUUGGAUGCGGCAGUUAUGUGGAGAAACGACAAAACAGCAUUCAAGAAAAAAGUACGACAGGUGGUCCGAAAGAGUCAAGAAGAAUGUUGA